UUUCUCUUCCAGCUGCUGGGCCUCGGUUCUCUUUCCUUGACCAACCCCCUUUGUUUGUUGAUCCCUUCUCCGAUCGAUCCUUGUCGUGUGCGCCGUCACACCUCUGCUCCCUCUAGAGCCCAGCCUAUGCUUAGCCCGCCUCAGCUCGUCGUCUUCUUUUAACACCCUGCAUUAUAUCCCUCCCCGCCAGCCGAUCGAGCCAGUGUACGUUCUGCUGGCGCCUGUCAUGGGUGUUUUAUAGAGGAGCACGCGCACGGCGCACCCUUUGUCGUCGUCGUCGUCCCUACACGUUCGUCCCCCGAUCGAGGAGAGCGACGAACGUGUGAGAGCGCGCGGCGAGCUUAGGAUGACGUGGUGCAAUGGCUUCAACGACGUGCGCGCCGCCGUGGAGAGCAGCCUGUCCCCGACGACCGCCGCCGCCGGCGGCAGGAAGGCCGCCGCGUCGCUCGCCGUCCUCGUCAAGAUGUGCCCGUCGUGCGGCCACCGCGCGCACUAUGAACAGGAGACCACCUCGAUCCAGGACUUGCCGGGUCUGCCGGCCGGCGUCAAGUUCGACCCGACGGACCAGGAGCUGCUGGAGCACUUGGAGGGCAAGGCGAGGCCGGACUCCCGGAAGCUCCACCCCCUCGUCGACGAGUUCAUCCCCACCAUCGAGGGCGAGAACGGCAUCUGCUACACGCACCCCGAGAGGCUCCCCGGCGUGAGCAAGGACGGGCUCGUCCGGCACUUCUUCCACCGUCCAUCCAAGGCGUACACGACGGGGACGAGGAAGCGCCGGAAGGUGCACAGCGUCGACGGGGACGACGGCAGCGGCGGCGGCGGCGAGACGCGGUGGCACAAGACGGGCAAGACGCGGCCGGUGCUGUCCCACGGCCGGCCCCGCGGGUACAAGAAGAUCCUGGUGCUCUACACCAACUACGGCAAGCAGCGCAAACCCGAGAAGACCAACUGGGUGAUGCACCAAUACCACCUCGGCUCCGACGAGGAGGAGCGCGACGGCGAGCUCGUCGUCUCCAAGGUCUUCUUCCAGACGCAGCCCAGGCAGUGCAGUUCCACGGCGGCGGCCAAGGAGGCCGCCGCCGCCACCGCCAACGUCGUCACGAGCAGCAACGCUCUUGCCGGCCAUCACCAGGGUGGUAGCGUUCUCAGGGAGGCAAACGGCGUCGAUCAAUUCUACAAUCCAGGAACAAUGAUGGGGUACCAGGGGGUCCCAAACGACAGGGCACCUCCUGUCCCUGGUGCUUCUCACUUCAUGCCUAGCUUCGCAGUGCAUGCAGUAAGGGCUACCUUUGGCCCUUGAAUCAAGAAUUCAGGACAAAAGAUUAUACAAAGACCUAUUCAAUUCACAGGCUAAAUAGGGAUUUAGGAGCAGCUCAUGCCGUCAGGGUAUUUGUCCCUGGGCUGAAAAACUACCUCACACGUGAAGAAACAUAUCAUGUUCUUUGCACUCUAACUUGACGUUCAUUUACAAACUACAAAAAUUGUUUUUUUAACUUUACUUUUUAUUAGAUAGGUCAUAUGUUCAACAUCAUAUGCUGUUGUUCCAUCAUAGUACUCGAAUCAUAAACCUGUAUGGGGAAAAAA